CUCUCUCUCUCUCUCUCACAUACCCAAAACCUCAAAACAACACCAGAACCAAAAACAGAGGAGAAAAAUAAACCAGAGAGUGAUGGGGGAUACUCAUGAUCAUUAUUACAAAAAUGCCACUUAUUCUUCUUCACCUUCUGCUUCAGUUUCUCCAGCUGCUGCUGCUGCUCCUGCUCAGCCUCCUUCGACGUCCGACGAAAUCUCUCUUUUUCUGCAGCAGAUUUUGCUCCGUUCGUCUAGUUCUCUGGCCUCGGUCGCGGCCCACACGGGCAAGGCCCCGCAGUUUUUGUUUUCAUCGUCUCCGUCCGUUGCUGCUCUGCCUGAUCACCUCAGCCGUCCGUGCCACUCCAUGUUCCUAGGGGACGGGAUCACGGCCGUUGAUUCUUCCGCCUCGCUUAUGCCGGCGGGGAAUCCCAAUGUGUCUUCCUCUUCGUUCGGAGCGAGUGAGAAUGAGACGGACGAGUAUGAUUGUGAAAGCGAGGAGGGUCUUGAAGCAUUGGUGGAAGAGGCGGCAGGGAAGCCAGGGUGUGGUCGAAGUUCUUCAAAGAGAAGCAGAGCUGCAGAAGUUCAUAAUAUGUCUGAAAAGAGGAGGAGGAGUAGGAUUAAUGAGAAAAUGAAGGCAUUGCAAAAUCUUAUCCCAAAUUCUAAUAAGACGGAUAAGGCUUCAAUGCUUGAUGAAGCCAUUGAGUACCUCAAGCAGCUUCAGCUCCAAGUGCAGAUGUUAUCAAUGAGAAAUGGCAUGAGUCUGCAUCCUAUGUGCCUACCUGGAGCGCUGCAACCUGUCCAACUCUCCCAGAUGAGAAUGGACCUUGGUGAAGAAAAUAGGCCUCUGCAUUUGGACAUGACAGGCACACCACUUAUGAACCAGGAAUCUCCAACACAAAAUUUGUUCCAUUUCUCCAACCAAUGCACCAAUGCAAACCAGUCAUAUGUACCAGACAUGUCAAAUGUAGUCAAUUCAGAAACCUCGUUUGGGUUGGAAUCGUCAAUGCAGGCUCACUUGGGACCCUUUCAACUGCCAAACUCAUCCGAGAAUUUGAAUUGGGAGCGACAGCUAGAGUUUCACUUUCCUUUAACACACAAGUAUCUGAUCUGAAAGGCAGUAGUUCUCUGGGAGCAUGUAUCACAGGAAGAAACCGGCAGGAAGGUCUACUUUUAAAGGCUAUGAAACAAAAUUUUCAUAUUGAUAGGUAAGCAUACCUGAUGAAUAAGAUGUUUAUCCUUUCUUCACAUAGUAAAGCAGGCGCCGUACUUUUACAUUUUACUAGUAUGCUCACAGGAAGAAGAAGGGUUGCAAAUGAUAACAUCAAGACUGAAAGAAGGCACACAUAUGAUGCAUGUUAAGCUUGGCUACUCUUAACAUUUUGGAUUUGGUGUAGCCACAACUUGUAACAGCUUUUGUAAUUCUCCAAAUUGAUUAGAGCCUCAAUUGCGUGCUCGAAUCACAGGCAUGCCACAAAGUUAACCUGCAAUUGAUGAGUUUUCUCUUCAAUGCUUUGGCAAGGCUUGUUACUUAAUUGGUAGAAGUAGUACAAGGUAGGGAUGAGACAUGUACGUAAACUCUUAUCUUUCCCUUUAUUUUGUGGUUCUUUUUUAUUUGGAAAUUAUCUCCUCCUCAUAUAUGAAUUAUAUGAACGUCUUGUUUAUAAAUUAUGACAUCAAGUUUUGUCAAAGCUACCUCAAGAUUGUGUAAUAUUUUAUUAUUGUGAAAUUUCAUAAAUACAAAGGACCUAUGUAUUGAUGACUGAAA